AUGCUAGUCAACUGGGCAAUGUUCAUUGUCAACUUGUUGACUAUCUACCUUGGACGGAUGCCACAACUAGUGGGCGGUUCCUAUAAAAUUAUCAUUAACGAGGUCAAAGACAUAUCUGACAAGUAUGCCAUAGAGAUCACCCCCGCCAGUCCGACGUUCAGUAUCUGGGGUGUCAUCUUCGUGUGGCAAGCUCUGUGGAUGCUGUACGGCAUCAUCAACAUCUGCAGGAAAGCCCCAAAUGGCCCGGUGUACGUCAGUCCGACCUUGCUGAGUCCGUUGUUGUUCCUGACGUCCGCUCUCAACUGGGGCGUGGUCCUGGGAUGGAGCUUCCUGUUUGACCGGGAGUACCUAUGGUUGUCCAUGGUCUUCCUGCUGCUCACAUACCUGUCCACGUACAUCUGCCUGGGUCUGUCCUACCGCGACAUGGCCUAUCACGAACCCACCCUCGUCGAACAAGGCAGGACGGUAGAUGUCUGGCUGGUGCGAGUGUUCGUUCAGAAUGGCCUGGCCACGUAUGCAACGUGGUGCACCAUUGCCACAUUGUUAAACCUAGCAGCAGCUCUCGCCUAUGAAAGAGACUUUACCAUCACACCUAGAACGAGCUCAACUAUUUCACUUGGCAUACUUGCUGGUGAGCUUGUGUUGUUUUCUAUCUCUGACUGGACGUUCCUGGACAAAUAUUCCCGCUACACCGUCACACCAUACCUUGUGUUGAUAGUGGCGCUCUCUGGUAGCAUUGCCCAGAACUGGCAACCAGGGGCAGUUAACUCUACAUUCACCGUUGUGUUGCUUGUCGUGUCCGUCAUCGCAUUUGUGGUCAAACUUGUACUCGUGUAUUUCCGACACACUCGAGAGACCGACAGCACAAAGGAAAACGAACCAACAACCCCUCCUGGCAACAGUAUGUACAACUGUCGGGGAGGGGGUAGCAAGGGCAGUAUCAUUACCGGUCAUACAUAA